GCUCUGACUAUCACAGUUCCUCAUCAGUUGCAUUCUAAUCUUAACGAUCAUCACACGGCUACACCAACCGUUCGAAUCGCUCACGAUGAGACUGCACGUGUUGAUCGUUUGCUGUGCGUUUAUGGUCGCAGUUAACGCGUCCGUUUACGUUAAAGGCGGCAGCAGAUAUCCAUUUCCACGGCCGGAUCAAUCCAGCGUUGCCACACCGUCGAAGGGAUCCAGCAACAAUAAACAAUCGUCCUUUGUCAGCAACAGGAGGUACCAGCGAGCGGCUCUGAAUUCUGGCAGCGUGAUUGAAGACACUCCAGUGACCGAGUCUAGACGUCAUUCGAAUGAAGCCGUUCCGCAGAUACAACAACGGGCGUCCAUCUCAUCCCAACCCACACUUUCAGCUGUUGCAGACAACCGCAAACAGCAAGACGCAGGAGCGGAAUUUGAAGACCAACGUCCCAUCGAUUUCGAUCUAAACGUAAGAACGGGUGCGCAGUUCGUUCCCGGGCUGAAAUCCGUGUCGAACUAAUAGACAUUGUUUAGCUUGUCGAUUGGCAUCCUGCCAAUGUCAUGAAAAGCCACCUUUCCCCUAUGCAUCCAAUCCACUUGAAUACAAAAAGUUUUUAUUUUUA